CGGGGUUGGCGCAACAUCAAACCAGCUGCCGACGCCCCAGACUUUCCGUCACUAACCCACAUCUGACAAGCCAACCUACGUCGGCCGUUUGCGACCAAGCCGCCUCUCUCCCUACAGCCCGGACUGCGCAAAGAGAAUUUCAGGCUUUUCCUACACUGCAGGGCGCGCAUCCCAUCCUUGAAACUCCCAUUACUGGCCUUUUGUCCAGCUGCAAUCACCUGUGGUCGCCCUCUCUCUUCCUUAUCUUUGACGUGUUAACCCGCUUCAAACCAGAGCUCCCGAUCACUCGUCCUGGGCCGUCAGUCGAUCCGAGAUGGGCGUGUCCGAACUCACGGCCUCGGCGGUCGCGCAAGGGCCUAUUCCAAUGGGAGGAGGCAUUGGGGGAGGCUUGCCGAGCCAGCAGUCGGAGUUGCAAAACAGAGCAGGCUCCAGUAACAGCCCAUUCAUUCGGAGCGCGGCGUCUGGUCUGGUCAAGUGGCAGCUCUUGGACAACGAGACCAUUGAGCGGGCAAAGAGGGAGAACAAGCUCAUAUUCAUCCACAUUGGCUACAAUGCCUGCCACUUCUGUCGCCUCAUGUCCAUCGAGUCCUUCACGAACCCCGAUUGCGCCGCAGUUCUCAACGAGGCCUUUAUCCCUGUCAUUGUCGACCGCGAGCAGCGCCCGGACAUUGACACGAUUUACAUGAACUACGUCCAGGCCGUCAGUAACGUGGGAGGAUGGCCACUGAACGUGUUUGUUACGCCGUUGCUGGAGCCUGUGUUUGGCGGUACAUACUGGCCGGGGCCUGGAACAUCACGGCGUUCAACCACUGAGCACGAAGACGAGUCACCCGAUUUUUUGACCAUACUCAAGAAGGUCCGGGAUAUUUGGCGCGACCAGGAAUCCCGUUGCAGGAAGGAAGCGACUGAAGUCGUGGCGCAGCUGCGAGAAUUCGCCGCUGAAGGCACGCUUGGCACCAGAGGUAUCACGACUCAGCAGCCGCUCGCCCCCCCUGGUUGGUCUACGCCGACGCCAUCACAAGCUCCAACUCCACGCGAGAAGGACGCCCCUGUGUCCAGCGAGCUAGAUCUUGACCAGUUGGAAGAGGCCUACACUCACAUUGCCGGCACGUUUGACCCCGUCUAUGGAGGUUUUGGUCUCGCACCCAAGUUUUUGACGCCACCCAAGCUGGCUUUCCUGCUGCAGCUAGGCACGUUUCCUAGCGCUGUGCAGGAUGUCGUUGGCGAGGCCGAGUGCAAGCAUGCCGCCCAAAUGGCCGUGGACACUCUGCGCAAGAUACGCGACGGUGCCUUGCACGACCAUGUUGGGCGGACGGGAUUCGCUCGAUGCUCUGUCACGCCUGACUGGAGCAUCCCGAACUUCGAGAAGCUCGUUGUUGACAACGCGUUGCUGCUGAGGCUGUACCUCGACGCUUGGGUGGCUGCUGGAGGCCAGACGAACAGCGAGUUUUACAACAUCGUAAGCGAACUGGCUGAGUACUUGACAUCGCCUCCAAUUGCCUUGCCGAACGGUGGCUUUGCUACAAGCGAGGCCGCCGACUCGCAUUACCGGAGAGGCGACAGAGAGAAGCGGGAGGGUGCCUACUAUCUUUGGACAAGACGAGAAUUUGACUCGGUUUUGGACGCCGCCGAUAGGCGCAUUAGCCCCGUGGCAGCCGCCCACUGGGAUGUUCAGGAAGACGGAAAUGUUGACGAGGACCAUGACCCCAAUGACGACUUUAUCAACAAUAACAUCCUGAGAGUCGUCAAGAAGCCCGAAGAACUUGCUCAGCAGUUCAAUAUUCCAGUCGAGUCAGUGGAGCAGUACAUUCAGGCGGCGAAAAGAGAACUCAAGUCUAGGCGCGAGCGCGAGCGAGUGCGACCAGAGCUCGAUGACAAGGUCGUUACAGGCUGGAACGGCCUAGCAAUAUCCGGGCUGGCCAGAGCGGCGACCGCCCUGGAGAGUGCGAAUACGGAGCUGGCAGAGAAAUGUCUUACUGUGGCGAGAGCCGCGGUUGGCUUCAUCCUCGCGAACCUCUGGGACGGCACCUCCAAGGUCUUGUAUCGGGUAUGGAAGGAGGGGCGCGAUACAGAGGGAUUCGCCGACGAUUACGCUUACUUCAUCCUUGGCCUUCUCGACCUGUUUGACGCCACUGGCGAUGAAGACCUCCUUAAGUUUGCCGACACGCUACAAAAAACCCAAAUCAGCCUCUUUCACGACCAGGCUGGUGCCUUCUUUUCUACGACGAGCGCGUCAUCGCACAGCAUUCUCCGCCUCAAGGAUGGCAUGGACACUUCCCUUCCCUCGACCAACGCCAUCGCCGCGUCGAACCUCUUCCGUUUGGGGUCACUUCUUGAUGACGAGCGCUACUCUGCGCUGGCUCGGGGGACCGUCAACGCCUUUGAGGCGGAGAUCCUGCAGCACCCCUGGUUGUUCCCGGGCCUGUUAGCGGGUGUGGUAUCAGCGAGGUUGGGAUGCCCUGAAAGCAGCUCGCGGGCAGGCAUCAGUUACAAGGCCGUGAGGGAGAAGGCCUGAUGUAGUUUCGGGGCGUUUGUGGGAGCAGAUAGAGCGUCGAGAUCGGAGGUCGCGUUUUGGCCAGGAAUGCCCCCUUCUGUCCAGGACAUCCAUCAGACAUUUUGAUUGCAUUUUCCCGUAUAGGAGUUAUUCCGUAUCUUCGUAUACUGUAGCUCAAGCGCAAUAAUCGUAUUCACAUUUCGCUGUAGCAUAUCACCGCGUGUGCAGGUC